GAGAGCUCGUCAGAGGCAAAAUGGGACACAUAUGACCACACUAAGCGCACAGACAGCAUUUUAUUGUUGUUCUUUCUUCUUCUCUACUUUAGCCAACUGCGGAUUUUUCGCAGUGAAUUAUUUUAAUAUUUAUGAAUAGCUUAUUUUUUUUAUGUCCUGAAAUCGCACACCUCGGAUCAUCUUCACGGCCCGCUAUGAUCUCCAGUCAGUGAUUAUUAUAUAUACAUAUUUUUUUAAAUACCAGUUUGUCUUCAACUGCUGAUCUUUCAUUUGGAGCAAAAGACUGAAUUUGGAUUGUUGCCCUGUGGAACAAAAAAAUCAAACAAAAACAACUACUUUUACUCUCACUGAUGGCGACCUAAUCGAUGCGAAUAAUUCGGAUGAGCUGGAUCUUUUGGAUUAUAUGCACUAAAGCGAAUCCAUAUCUAGGUGAGCGGGACGGAAGAGAAGAGGAAGAGUUGAUUUCGCACUCGCACACUGGAGCGGGAAUAAGUCUAGACAAUGCUUCAGUGUGCCAGCUGUGAAAAACCUAUUCUCGAUAGGUUCUUGCUCAAAGUUUUGGACAGACCGUGGCACAUCAAAUGCGUCCAGUGCUGCGACUGCAAAUGUAGUUUGACAGAGAAGUGUUUUUCUCGAGAAGGGAAACUGUAUUGCAAGAAUGAUUUCUUUAGGAAAUUUGGAACCAAGUGCGCUGGAUGCGCGCAGGGGAUUUUACCCAGUGAUCUAGUCCGCAGAGCCAAGAGCAAAGUGUUUCACCUGAACUGUUUCACCUGUGUGAUGUGUAACAAACAGCUGUCCACCGGAGAGGAACUGUAUAUCCUGGACGAAUUCAAGUUCGUUUGCAAAGAGGACUAUGAAAACAACUCUGGGAAAGACACAAUCCUCCUUUCAGUAACGACGUGCAGCGAUCCAAGUCUGUCUCCGGACUCUCAGGACCCGCAGGACGACGGGAAGGAGUCAGAAAACGGGCAUUUAUCGGAUAAAGACACGUGCAGCAACGAGAACGACGAGCAGAGCGCCGUCGGAAAGCGACGCGGGCCUCGGACCACUAUAAAAGCCAAGCAGCUGGAGACCCUGAAAGCGGCUUUUGCGGCCACACCGAAGCCCACCAGGCACAUCAGAGAGCAGCUGUCAAGGGAGACGGGUCUCAACAUGAGAGUCAUCCAGGUUUGGUUCCAAAAUCGGAGGUCCAAAGAGAGACGUAUGAAACAGCUGAGCGCUCUAAGCGCUCGGAGACACGUGUUUUUCCGCAACCCGAGGAGAAUGAGAGGCCUGGGAGAGAGAGUGGAACCAGGAGAGCUUGGACACUUUUCUUAUUAUGGAGAAUAUCCUGGUGAAUACUAUGGCUCAGGAGGGAAUUAUGAGUACUUUCAAGGCCCACCAUUAUCGCAAGCACAGACUCCAGCAGACCUGGGCUUUGUGCCCUCCACAGUCCCGGCUGGCACUCCACUAGGAGCCAUGGACCACCAUCAUCCUGGGCACCACUGUCCCGGAGAGGUUCAGUGUUUCUCUGAUACAUUAUCUCAUCAUCCCGUGGACUCACCAAGUCCGGAGCCCAAUGGACCAAGUUCAAUUCACAGCAUCUCCAGUGAAAUGUGUGGCCCCAGCACGCCCUUCACCACUGUUUCUCUCAGUGACAACGGAUACACCAACCAGCUGUCACAGCCCUCUUCAGAAAUGAGUGAAGGCACUGUUUGGUAAUCAGGCUAAGACCGAAAUACUACAAAUGCAGUUUGAAGGCAAACCCUUAACUUUAUUUCAUAUAUCAGCUAUUUAUUUAUAAUUAUUUAUGAAUAUUUAUUUAUUUAUUUAUUUAUUUAUUUAUUGUAUUUCAUUAUGCUUUUUUUAUUUUUAUGUUGGUUAUUUAUUGACGGGCCACGUAUUAGAUAGUUUGGAAUAAUCUGUGUGAAUUGGCUCGUUAAUAGGUUCGCAGUGCUGGGCCUCACUGACUAAGCAAUAAACAAAUACAUUAAUACUGCUGAAUCGUAUUUUAGUGUUUACAAAACCUUUUCUGUCAUGUACAGUACUGUGCAAAGGUUUUAAGCACAUUUAAUGCUUAUAUUCUUUAUCCAUUAUACAAGAAUAUCAACUGGCCAUAAGCCCAUUCUGUAUUCAGUUUUUUGGCCCAUGCUAGCUGGAAUAGACAGUUAAGAAGAUGGAUGUAUGGAUGGACAAGGCAAUGGAUAUCCCCAAACAUUCACACAGAGUCAUAAAGAACUUCAGUGACAAGAACUACAAGGAGUUCUGCAAGAUGCUAUGGCCCACAGAGAUCCCUCGUCUCAUUGUGCUGUAUUUAUAUCAGUCUAAGAUAGCAAGAAGCGAUGGAAACAACUGAGACCAGCCUAAAUGCAAAGAAGAAUCGUGACCAUACAUUCAAAAUGGCUGGGAGAAAGAAAAAAAGAGUACCCUGAUAAGCAAUGGUAAGUGCACCCAUAAGAAUUUGUGCUUUUUAAAGGAAAAUGGUGGUCAUACUCAGUAUUAAUUUGAAACUUUUUUUCUGCUUAGUGCACUUUAUGCAAAGUUAAUUGAUAAAAUGUCAGAUUUCAAUGUCAUUUCUAAAAACAUUCACAUUUUGAUAUGUUUAAAAUUUGCACAGCACUGUAUAUGAUGAAACUGACCUUAAAAUUCAAAUAUGAACUGUGUGAUUGUAUUUGUUUUAUCACCUUUCAGUGUUUCAGCCAACUUACAAAUUCCAAGUAUGAGAUUGUGUGUAAUAUUCAUGUUCAUGUAUUACACAUGAACCACCCGCUGAUUACAGAUCAUGAACGUGAUACAUCUGACCAAAAACAUUUCUCAGGACUGCGGAAACAUUGCAUUGUUUUUUGUUUCGCUACACCUUUCUUAUGAAUAAUUUGCUGUUUAGCAUGUGUUUGCCUUCAAAGUAUUGCCAUUUUAAUCUGAACAUUUACAUGAGUAGAAAAUGAUUUGACUGUGACAUGAUAUGAGUCCAACCUGACAGUAUGUAUAAUAAUGGGCAAUAAUGGAUGGAAGAGUCAAUUGUUUAUGUGACACUCAAGUGUUCAGAGGGUUGAUUUUGAGUUGUUUUAAACAUUUUCAUUCUGGCAUUAAAUGAAAUGCCAGAAUGAAAUAAAUGAAAUUAAAUGGCAACCCAUUUAAUGCUACUAUUUCACUAUGCUAUUUUGCAUACCUCAAAAAAUACUGAAAAUACAAUAAACUGUUGCCAAAUGAAAGGACAUCGCAAAUCCUGCCAUUUCAGUUGUAAAAAAAAAACAAAAAACACCUCUAAAGACUUAAACGGCUUUUGUCUUUAAAAUGUCAAAUUAUUUAUAACGAUAGUAUUUCACUUUUCCACAGACGACUUUUUUUCCAUGAGAUACUUGACCUUUCUUAUCCGGUUUGUGAAACAGGCAUCACAAUGCUGUAUAAUAAAAGUCCUAUUGAUGAUU